AUGUUUUGCCUAUUUUGCGAUUUCGCCACUGAAAACUAUUUCGAAUACGAGCUGCACAUGCUACAACAACCUGCGAUGCACUCGUACGUUUGCGAUGUUUGUUCCGAAGAAUUUUCGGUCAUAAAAAGCCUGAUGCGUCACGUGAAUAAAAAACAUAACAGAAGCCAUUACGAAAACAACAUGAUUAAAAUCCACAUUUCCAAUCCCGAAGUCGGCAAACGUUGUUGCUAUUGUCCGAACAAAUCUUCCACCUUCAAAGAGUAUAUUUGUCACAGACAAAUAAUGCAUUCUGGUUGGUCCUUGGUUUGUCCGACGUGUGAGCUCAAGUUCCCCAACCCCAAGGAGCUGUUCAACCAUUUCCAAUUCGCCCACUCGAUGGUCAACAAUGUCGAUUUGUAUUGCGAAAAAUGCGAAUUACAUUUUUACUGUCCCACCGUGUACAAAGAGCACAUGUACCAAGUUCACAAAAUGAAGCGGUUUAAGGUGACAUAUCAAUGUGUACUGUGCCCGAGCAACUUGACCGGCUACGAAGAGUUUUGCUUGCACGUGCACCAGCACCGACGAUACAAAAGAAGCGACAAUCCCGAGUUUGUUUACACGAAAAAUGGACGUCCUGAGAUUUCAGUCAGCUCAACGCAAUGUCAGCUGUGCUCCAAGAUUGUAGUCGACGAUUUGAACAAGCAUAUCAAACCUUCAAUCGUUUCGAAACGUAAACUUAAAAGCAUUAAAGGGCAACGACUCACUCACCACGAGCACAUAAAGAAUCAGGCAAAAUUCAAGAUGCAAGUUAGCAAGAUGUUUUGCCUAUUUUGCGAUUUCGCCACUGAAAACUAUUUCGAAUACGAGCUGCACAUGCUACAUCAACCUGCGAACCACUCGUACGUUUGCGAUAUUUGUUCCGAAGAAUUUCCAGUCAUGAAAGGUCUGAUGCGUCACGUGAAGAAAAAUCAUAACAUAUUCGAGUACCAAAACGACAUGACGAAAAACUACGUUUCCAAUCCUGAAAUCGGCAUGCGAUGUUGCUAUUGUCCGAACAAACUUGCCACCUUCAAAGACUAUGUUUUUCACAGACAAGUAAUGCACACCAAUUGGUACGUGGCUUGUCCGACGUGUAAGUUCAAGUUCGCCAAUCCCACAGAACUGUUCAAGCAUUUCGAAGUUACCCAUUCGCUAGUCAACAAUGUUGACUUGUAUUGUAAAAAAUGCGAAUUUCAUUUUUACUGUCCCACCAUGUACAAAGGGCAUAUGAUCCAAGUUCACAAAGAGAUGGCGUCAAAGGUGACAUACCAAUGUGUACUGUGCCCGAGCAAUUUGAUUGGCUUCGAAGAAUUUUGCCUGCACGUGCACCAGCACCGACGAUACAAAAGAACCGAUAAUCCCGAGUUUGUUUACACUAAAAAUGGACGUCCUGAGUUUUCAGUCAGCUCGACGCAAUGUCAGGUAUGCUCCAAGAUUGUAGCCGACGAUUUGAACAAGCAUAUCAAAUUAGAAUUCUCUUGUCUAAACUGUGAAAAAUCAUUCCAAACCUUGCCAAGUCUAAAAAGACACGCACUGAGCCACAGAGAAAAAAACCUGUCUUGCCUUCACUGCGACAAAAAGUUUCUAAUGAAGCAUCUGCUGAACAACCACAUCCGCACUGUGCACCUAAAAAAAUUCCAAUUCCUGUGCGAAUAUUGCGACAAAAAAUACUUCCUGGAAGAAAAACUUAAACGCCACAUUAACAACGUGCACUACAACAAAUUCAAAUACUCAUGCAAACAGUGUAACAGGGGCUUCAACUUCCGCUACGAACUCACCAAACACGAAGAACUCAAACAUUUCGGCCUAACUUUUCAAUGCACCUACUGCCAGAAAACCUUCAAAGACGUCCAAUAUUUCAAAGAGCACCAGAAAACCCACGAGCCGAGCUACCGCAAGGAAAUCUACGCGUGCGAAGUGUGCGGCAAAAUCCUGACGCACAUCAAAUCCUACAAGGUGCACAUGAAAUCGCACACCGGUGCAGCUGUAGCCAACGUGUGCCACGUAUGCGGCAAAAACGUAACGUCCAAAGCCAGCCUUAGGCAUCACAUGCGGACGCACACGGGCGAAAAACCUUUCCAGUGCCACAUAUGCGGCAAAAGUUUUACUACAAAAAAUAUUUUGAAAACUCACAAAGUUGUACAUUCCAAAGAGAAACCAUUUGGAUGUCAAUUGUGCGAUAAAAGUUUCACACAAAAAGGGAGUUUGAAUAUUCAUGUGAGGCUUCAUACAGGCGAAAAGCCUUAUGAAUGUGCGGUUUGUUUUAAACGGUACGUUUCCAGGACUUCGCUUAAUAGUCACAGGAACCCAGUCAAAUGUCAACGCUGCAACAAGUGGUACCAAUCAGCCGCAAAGCUAAAAAAACACUCGUACGUGCACGCGGAAAAACGGUUCGAGUGUUACCAGUGCGGCAAAAGAUUCGUUUUCAAAAACGUGCUCAAUCACCACAUACAAUCGACGCACAAAAAACCACCUCGCACCGAUUUAAUCUGUCCGCACUGCGGCAAAAAAUUCAAAGAAACUCCCUGGUUCGAGAAACAUGUGAGCAGCCACGACCCGAACCACAAACCAGAAUUCCAGUGUCCGAUUUGCCUCAAGGGCCUAACGUGCGGCAAAUACUUAGAAGCGCACAUCCGCAAGCGGCACGUCUUGAAUUCAAAAUUCCCGUGCCACUUUCGCAAGUAUUGUUGCGACAUUUGCGGCAAAGAGAUGCUCAAGAAAAACUUAAAAAUACACAUGAUGUCGCACACAGGUGAAAAACCUUUCGAGUGCAACUAUUGCGGCAAAGCUUUUGUGACUAGGAAAUGUUUGAAGCUUCAUACUAGAAUUCACACCAAGGAAAAACCGUAUCUUUGCGCAACUUGCGGCAAAGGAUUUACGCAAAAAUAUUCAGUGACGGUGCAUAUGAGGUAUCACACAGGCGAGCGACCCCACAGAUGUCUCAAUUGCCCUAAGGGUUUCGUAACCAGUUCCGAAUUGAAAAACCACGCAUGUGGACCGGCAUCAAUGUCCAAUAUGCCUAAAACUAUUCGCCUCCGCAGCUGCGAGAUUUGUAUACUUGCCUUUAAUGACAAUUCGCAGCUUCAACAGCACUUCAAAAAAAUGCACAAACUGACCGAUAAAGACACUAUAUUCACCUGCCCGUUUUGCUCUAAAAACUUCAAAAACCGCCAAAAAUACAUGAAAAAGCAUGUCUGGUCCGUACAUGAUAAAAACUACAAGUUUAGCUUCACAUGUUCAGUGUGCGACAAGACAAUGUCCUAUGAAGUCAGCUACAUCAAGCACAUGGAAACGCACAACAUCGAAGAGCCGGACUAUAGGAAAAGGCGAAGCGUUUGCGAAAUAUGCGGCAAAGAAGUUUUGAAGAAAAACAUCAGGCCGCACAUGAAAGUACACAUGGGGGUUAAGCCUCACAAGUGCGAAUUUUGCGGCAAAUUUUUCGGAAAUCGCAAAAUAUUGCGACAUCAUAUACGUACUCAUACCAAAGAAAAACCCCACAAGUGUCCGAUUUGUUUUAAAGGCUUUACUCAACCUUAUACGGUGACGAUACAUAUGCGUUAUCAUACAGGUGAAAGGCCUUUUUCUUGUUGUGUUUGUAAUAGAGGUUUUGUUACUAAAGCUGAGCUUAAACAGCAUAAUUAUUUAGACACCUUGUACGACCACCACGACAUCCACAAUGACACAAACGAAAUUUCCUUAAGCGAAAACGACAAAAUUAUUUUUGUCAAAGAAAACGAAGGCACUUUUGAAGUAACUGAUGACAAUGAUACAAUCUAUCUACUGAAUCAUAAUUCAGUUGCAAAUGCAUCAAAACCAACAAAAUCCUUAAGAAUACCAAACUUUUCUCCAUCAAUUUGCCUAGAAUUCGAACCCAACGAAGAAAUCGAUAUGACUCAUUACAAAUGCCAACGUUGCGAGCAAAUGUUCAUCAACACCCUAGUGUUCCAACGCCACAUUGAAAAAGGCAAGUGCUACGUGAACAAUUGCGACUUAUGUUCGUUGAACUUCAACAAAAACAGCGAGUUUUACGCGCACUACGCAAUGAUGCACACCGACCGUGCCGUGUGCCACUUUUGCUUCAAAACUUUCUUAUACGAGAAAAACGUCAAGGAGCACGUGAUGCGGCACUUGGAUCAGUUCAGGCACAAGUGCGAGAAGUGCAACAAAGGGUUUUUUACUGUUAGAGAGUAUAGGAAUCAUUUCAAGAAUCGCCAUAUGGGGAUUCGGUAUCAGUGCGAGUUGUGCGAUAGGAGUUUUGCGGAUGAGUAUUAUUUUAAGAAGCAUCAAGAUACGCAUGUUAAGCUUAUUUUGUCAAACCUAAUAUCAAAAUUCAACCUAAAAGAUUGCGAAAUUUGGGUGCAAGACGUGCAAAAAGACCCGACAAUAAAAUUCAUCAAUGGCAGAGUGAAAGUACCAACAUACAAAUGCCACGUAUGUUUUGCAACAUUCCAUAUGGAUUCCGAACUGGAUUGGCACAAAAACAAAGAAUGCAAUAAAAAUGAAGCAAAUAAUAAUAAUAAUAAUAUAGAAGAUCCCAAUGAAGAUGGUGGUGUUUUCAGUUGUACAACCUGCUGGAAAGUCUUCCUAUCCAAGCCUUCCUUGCAAGAGCACAUCAAUUUACAUUACAUCAAUUCAGAAAUAGACAAAGAAGAAUAUGAUAAUUUUCACAACAAUUUUGCUCUACUGAGGCCUGACUUUGAAGAAGAAGAUCAACAACCAAUAGAGGAAACUCUAUGUAUUCAACAUCCAGCAAAUAUUUUAAUCAAACAAGACCAUUUUAGUUGUAAUAAGUGCGAGAAAGUGUUUUUUAGCUUUAAUGGAUUCAAGGAGCAUGUUAAAAAGGAAAAAUGCUUGGUCAUAGGCAAAUGCUGUUUGUGCAGAGAAAUGUUUGCCAGUAAUUUGCAAUUGACAGCAAAGUACAUCAAAAAGCAUUUUAGUAGACAAUGUAAAGUAAUAUUAGUGGACAUAAUGAGAUCACCUCCUGGAACCAGACGGCUUCGAAGUACCAAAAGCAAUUUGUUAAGUAAACUUAAAACUGGAGACAAGCAUGCUAGAAGUAAAAAAUAUAGUUGUUAUGUGUGCUUUGAAAAGUUUGCAAGCAAAGAAUUAUUGGAAACACAUAAGAUUUUGCAUAAGAAUGAGGAAAAAUUGGAAGAAGAAGAAGAAGAAGAAGUAGAAAAAAUAGUUAAAGAGGAAGACAAACAAAAUUACAAGUGUACGUCUUGUAAUGUAUUUUUUGAAAAUCAGCUCAGUAUCAAAAACCACAUACACACUCAAUACUUUUGCAAAUAUUAUUGUAAACUUUGCAACAGGCAAUUCAAUACCAAAGGAGGUUUUAUAGUGCACGUACUACAACACGGCAUGAAAAGCACCAUGAAAUAUUGUUACAAAUGUGAAAGUUGUCCCCUUUCAUUUGACGAUUAUUACCAAGUGAAACGUCAUUAUGCUAGUGCGCAUAGUGUUGUUCCAGAUCCUCCACCUAGAAGAAAAAUGUAUAAAUGCGAAAGCUGUACGAGUAGUUUCGAUGAUUGCGAUCAACUAAUAGGUCACCGUGUCAAUGUACAUACGCAAAUUAAAAAACCACAAAUUGAAAAACCACAAAACAAUGAAAGUGGUUCAAUACCGAUUCACGACUGCGACAUUUGCUAUGACGUUUUUGCGUCUUUAGACGCCUUGGAACGUCACAAGUUGUUGCACAAAACUUUAGCUCAAGAUCAGUAUAAAAUUCAUAAAAAUUUCUGGAAAUCGCAACCCGAAGCUGUAGCCAAACUUUCAAAAGAACCAGUGCCACAACAACAACCAAAAGAACGACACAUUUUGCCUAAACCUAAAAAAACUAAUGAAGCUCCUAAAAAACCACCUGCACCUCAACCUGUUGCCACUACAACUUCAAAUCAAACCCCGAUGGUUCUUAAUUCGCAAUUUGCAAUGCCACAAUCAACGGGAAUAAUGUCACAAUCAACUGGAUUAAUGUCACAAUCAACUGGAUUAAUGUCACAAUCAACUGGAUUAAUGUCACAAUCAAGUGGAUUAAUGCCACAAUCAACUGGAUUAAUGCCAGGCAGUGGUUAUUACAUGGUGAAUCCUAGUACUAGCACGGAUUCUAAUGUAAUGGUCCAGCCUCAAGCGCCAAUGCAACUUUUGCCUGUGCAAGUCCCCAAUCAAACUUUGUAUUGGGUAAUGCCUGGCAAUCAAAUCAAUAAUGAACCUGUAGUGGUACCACCACCACCACCACCACCACCACAACCAGAAACUACUAAUGAACCAGUACGAUUUUUGUCCGAGCCUAAAGUAGUUAUAUCUGAAGAUAAUUCAAAUUUUGUCCUACCAAUAAUCACCAGCAUUAGUACUGUGGUUGAAAAUGACAACAAGAAAGACAAACCUGUAACCAAACCUGGCACAGAAUAUGAAACCGAAUUUGCCAAAUUUAUAAAAGGCACAACUGACAGCAAUCAGCAAUUGAAACCCGUAUACAUAAGACCCAAGCCUGUAAAAGUCACUAUUCCUGAUGAAGAUCCGAGACCGAAAAUCUCAGUCAAACCACUAACUGAAUUAAUAGAUUGCGCUCCGGUACAGUCCAAUCCCUACUCCAUAGGUCCCAAACUGGUACAGUGCCAAAUAUGCAAGAACAAGUUCCUCAACUGGAACUUGUACAGGCAACACAUGGUGGACAAGCACAACAAGUACCCGUGUCCGUUUUACAAUUGCAUGGUGCUGCGCACGCCCAGCCAGCAAGAAAGUCACAUGUACGAGGUACAUUUUUGUACUUGGUGCAAACGGAUGUAUAGCAAUUUGCAGGGGCACGUGCAAAAUUUGCACGGGAAUGAUGCCGGGAAAGAGGAUGAGGAUGUUGUUUUUGUUGGAUCGAGUUAA